AUGAGUUCUAAAUAUACAGUGAAAACUAAGCAAAACAAGAGAACUAAAAAGGACGUUGAAGCUGAGUCCGAUAGAAAGGGGGGAAGUAACGCAGAGUUAAAAAAUAACUUGAAAAAAAAGACAGUGUCGAAAGAAGACAAAGAGGAAGCAAACGAACAAGAUAGUUCCGAUAAUGAAUCGUCAGAAAAUAUAGAAAAUCAAGGAAGUGAUGUUGAAGAAGAAGAGGAUGACGAUUUCCCAAGAAAGAAGAAAUCAAAGAAGAGUAAGCAUGAUGAUGGUUCCGCUGGAUUCUCUACCGCAGUCAAUGCUAUUUUAUCAUCACAUCUUAAAGCAUAUGACAGGAAAGAUCCUAUUAUGGCCAGAAAUAAGAAAGUUUUGAAACAAAGUGAAUCAGAAAAGCUAGAAUAUAAGGCGAAAAAGGCUCUGUUGGCAGAAAAAAAAAAGCUGUUGGGCAAAGCUAGGAAACGGGAUAUUAUCCCGAUUGUUUCUGGAGAAAAAAAAUCUGAGAAUAUAAGAAAGGUACUUGAGAAUGAGACAACACUUAGAAAAAUUGCUCAAAAAGGUGCCGUGAAGUUAUUUAAUGCCAUCCUAGCCACUCAAGUGAAGACAGACAAAGAAAUUACCGAAAACUUAAGUGGAAUUAAGAACAAAGAGGAAAAGAGAGAGUUAAUUACCGAAGUUUCCAAGGAAAAAUUUCUGGAUUUGGUUAAAGCAGCGGCAGCAAGCGACAGUGAGUAA